AUGUCGCGCCUACAGUUAGUCCGUCUCAUUUUCUUGCUUCUGGCGGCCGUCGUUCGAGCCGAUACGGUCACCUAUGACUGGCAGGCGGACUGGAUCAGUGCUACUCCUGAUGGCGUCACGAGGCCAGUUAUCGGCAUCAACGGGGAGUGGCCAUGUCCGAGUAUCGAGGCCUCGGUAGGUGACGAGGUCGUCGUGAGACUCACCAACAACCUCGGAAACCAGACCACGGGUCUCCACUUUCACGGCAUGAGACAGAUCCAGACCAACUUCAUGGAUGGGGCGAGUGUGGUCACCCAGUGUCCCCUUGGGCCUGGGGAUACCAUCACCUACAGAUUCACGGUCGACGUACCUGGGACGUAUUGGUAUCAUUCCCAUAAUAUGGGCCAAUACGUCGACGGCCUUCGAGGCGCCCUCCUGGUCUACGACCCCGACGACCCCUAUAGUGAAGACUACGACGAAGAGGAGGUGGUGACUCUGUCAGACUGGUACCACGAGCAGACCAUUUAUCUGUCGCGGUUCUUGCUCAGCCCACAGAACGAACCCCCUGCGCCUCCGGGCAUCGACUCGAUCCUGGUCAACGAUGUCCGCCGAAACCCUCACUUUCAUGUUGAUAAAAACAAGACGUACAGGCUCCGCUUCAUCAACCUGUCAGCUGCCGCGUCCUUUAUGCUCAACUUUGAAGAGGUCGACGCCCAGGUCAUCGCCAUCGACGGGUAUAAUGUCAGGAGGGCCAGAGCGUCCAUGGUCCGGAUUGCUCCAGCACAGCGCUACGACAUUCUAGUCUGCUUCACGGACACCUAUUCCGACAACAUCCCCUUCCUCAUCGCUCUGGAUGGGAAUCCUGACUAUACUAACCCCGAACUCAGACCAAGAUGGCCCCUGAACCUCACUGGUCAGUUCAUCUCGGACCCGGAUGCGCCUCUCCGCCGGAACCGGGAUGUUACUGUGUGGAGACCUAUGGAUGAUUCUCGCCUGGAGCCGUUUGGGGAUUACCGUCCGUUGUCUCAUCCUAACAGACUCAUCCAGCUCGAGGCUGAGUUUUGCCAGGAUCAAUACAACAUUCCUAGGGCAUGCUUCAACCAUAUACCAUACGUGCUGCAGAAGGUACCCACGCUGUACACUGCCGCCACCGUGGGGGAACACAACACCAAUCCCGUCGUCUACGGCGCCGUGAAUCCAUUCAUCCUCUCGCAAGGAGACAUCGUCGAUAUUGUGGUCAACAACCAUGACGACCGCAAUCACCCCUUCCACCUCCACGGCCACCAUUUCGAGGUGCUCGACCGGCCCUGUGCAAGAUCGGGAGUGUGGCCCGGGCCAAAUGCCACCCAUAUCAACGAGUACCCACCCCUGCGCGAUACGGUGGACGUCAUGGCCCACUCGUACGUCGUGAUCCGCUUCCUGGCGGACAAUCCGGGCGUGCACCUCUUCCACUGCCACAUCGAAUGGCAUGUCGAGAUGGGCCUCACGGCGACACUUAUCCUGGGGCCGGAGAAGCUCCGUGGGUUAGAUAUCCCUCAGGAUCAUCUCGAUAGUUGCAGGAGGAUAGGCAUGCCGACGGCUGGGAACGCCGGGGGUGAUCUGGAGAAUCCGCUGCAUACGUGGAAUAUGAACGACAAGCCGCCGCGAUUCCACGCAGGGUGA